AUGAGUCUAGAUACUUCGCCUGAACCUUCUUCGCCUGAACCCUUCUCCUCCGAUAUCGAUAUCCCAGCAGUCGACGACGACGACAUUCAGGCCUACAACGAAUUCUUUGCCGCUGCUGAGGACUUGGUCUCUGAGCAUUCCGACCACAACUCCAAUCCCUCCGAUCGACUCGGUCCGCGUUCGCCCUCCUUCGACUCUGAAGCUGACGCACAACACGAUUGGGACCCGGAGGAGCUGUCCGAAUCUCCAGAGCCGCUUUCAGACCUAGACACAUCACCCUCUCGGGACUCGUCAGCUGACCCAUACGCCGACUUGUUUUCUCGUCCCGAUUCCUACCCUUUGUCCCCUGAUCUCGAAGGCGAGCUCGAGCUUGCCCUUCUUGCCGAAUUAGACGAGCUUGACGAUCGACUGCCGCCCCUCAUAGAACACAGAGCACAACGACUCAACCGCCCCGGCAAUAUGGCAGCACCAAGACAGGCCAACGCCGCGAACGGCGCAGGUGCAGGUCCCGAUGUGCUGGUCGACUUGGAACUGUACUUUAGGCAGGAGCGACCCCAACGCAGAGCUCAGCAGAACCAGCAAGGCCCAGCUGAUGUAAUCGACCUCACGAACGAGCCAGACAGUCCCGUUCAAUCCCAUGCGCCACGACCAAGCGUGAAUCCUCGACGGCAGAAUUCGCAGGGACGCAACCCUCCAGCACUUGCACGAAGCGACAGCAGCAUCCUCGCCGGCAACGCACCCAACGUGAUUGACCUUACGGAUGACUCUCCCGAAGUCCCGCGCCGCCGACCCGACAGACAGUUGCCUCCAAUUCCAGGGAGAAAUCGGGAGCACAGAGACCGAGGCGGUUUCAUGCCUUACAACCCGGCGAGCGCAUUCAGUGGUCUGGCUGCGGGACUAAGGAGACACCUGUACCCACUCCGUCUAUUUCCCGCUCAAGAGGAGGACGUUCAGCUUCUCGGCAUUUUGCAUAAUCGGAUCAACCCAGGCGACCUUAAUAACCCGCUCGGGAACAUUCAGCUGCAGUACGAGCAUAACGCUUUCGACCGCGCGGAAUCCCCAAAACCCGUACACCAGCCUCCGCCUCCUGCGAAGCCAGGUUACACGAGAGACACAGGCUCUGACAUGGUCGUGAUAUGUCCGUGCUGCAACGAAGAGCUCGCUUACGAUCCCGACGUCCCCGCGAGCGAAAGUCAUCCAUCACGCAAGGGCAAGCGGCAGCGUAGCGAGCACCACUUCUGGGCCCUAAAGGAUUGUGGACAUGUGUACUGUGAGGAAUGUUUCGAGAACCGCAAACCAACGGCCAAGCGCCGAAACACGGGCUUACCAUCCAACCCCGAGGGUAAGAUCAUUUGCUCGGUCGAUGGAUGUGACACUCAAGCUGGGAACAAGGGCUCUUGGGUUGGUAUUUAUCUCUGA